GUUUGGAGGAGAGGAGAGGAGAGGGUGUAAUCUGUGCUGUUUCAUGUGAGAAUGGCCUGUGUUUGGAUCACAUUACACAAACAUGGAGCUGCAUCCUUAGAUGAACUUGCCUGGGGAAAUACUGUGCCUUUUCACUUUUGUGUUUGGCAAGGGUUUUGCUGGAUAAAACUGCUUACUGUGAGAGAUUUAAAAUUCUUAUUGCUCUUCUGGAAAGGGAAGUAUUCUUCUUUAUGUGCCCUCAGAAGGCCUUCUCCUGCCUACAGAGACCAAUAUUUUUUGGUGCCUUUCAUACCAGAGGUGUUUCAUGUGCUAGGACGUGAUUUUUCAGAUGAUGUAGAUCAAUGUGGAAUUCUCAAGACCACUGGAAAUCUUAAGAGUCAGUGGUGCAGUUUACUGAUGAAAGACAGGCUGGUGGAGGAGAGCACUGAGUCAGAAGCGAGGUUUCUCCUUCUGAUGCAGCUGUUGAGAGGGUGAGGGUAUGUGCUGCAGCUAAACUGAACCUCAUUUACCUUCUCAUUUACCUCUCUUACAGCUCUCAUGAACACUUGUGGCAUCACAGGUCUGGAGUCCAUCUCAGCCUGAGCUUCUGGGAUCCUGUCACCAUGGAGACUGAAAGCGAGCAGAACUCCAGCUCUGCCAGCGGGAGCUCCGGUUCUGGAGGAAGCGCCCGUCCUCAGAUAUCGCAGAUGUCUCUCUAUGAGAGACAGGCGGUACAGGCCCUGCAGGCACUCCAGAGACAGCCUAAUGCAGCCCAGUACUUUCACCAGUUUAUGCUCCAGCAGCAGCUUAACAGUGCCCAGCUUCACAGCCUGGCUGCCGUCCAGCAGGCUACAAUUGCAGCCAGUAGACAGGCCAGCUCCCCCAACACUAGCACCCCACAACAGACCACCACCACGCAGGCAUCUAUCAACCUAGCCACCACAUCAGCUGCUCAGCUGAUCAGUCGGUCCCAGAGUGUGAGUUCCCCCAGUGCCACAACCCUGACGCAGUCUGUGCUCCUUGGGAACACCACCUCACCACCUCUCAACCAGUCACAGGCACAGAUGUAUCUCCGGCCGCAGCUGGGGAACCUAUUGCAGGUAAACCGGACCUUGGGCCGCAAUGUGCCUCUUGCUUCCCAACUCAUCCUGAUGCCUAACGGGGCUGUGGCUGCUGUCCAGCAGGAGGUACCACCCACUCAGUCUCCUGGGGUCCAUGCAGAUACAGACCAGGUGCAGAACCUGGCUGUGAGGAGCCAGCAGACCUCGUCCACUAAUGCCCAGCUCCAAGGCUCUGCUCAGAAGGCAGGAAGCUCGCAGGCUUCGGGCUUACCGCAGGCCACCAGCACGGGCCAGGCCUUGGUGGUGGCUCAGGCCUCCUCUGGCAGCACAGGCCAGUCCCUCAACUUGAGCCAGGGGGCGAUGGGCAGCAACGGCAUCUCCGGGAGUGUGGUGGCAAGUGGUGGGAACCAAGCCUCCAUGGGGUUCAGCCAGGCCUCCUCGUCAGGCACCGCUGGCAGUUGCCAGAGGAAAGGCACUGGAGUGGUUCAGCCAUUACCGGUAGCAGCUGCCCAGGCCGUGACUGUCAGCCAGGGGAGCCAGACAGAGGCAGAGAAUGUGGCCACAAAGAAGAGUGAAGUGGAUAGUGGUGGACAGCAAACAGUGGGCAUGAACCUGACCAGGACUGCCACACCAGCGCCCAGCCAGACUCUGAUCAGCUCAGCCACAUAUACACAGAUCCAGCCACACUCGUUGAUCCAGCAGCAGCAGCAGAUCCACCUGCAGAAGCAGGUGGUGAUCCAGCAGCAGAUUGCCAUUCAUCACCAGCAACAAUUCCAGCACCGCCAGUCCCAGCUCCUCCACACAGCUACCCAUCUUCAGCUGGCCCAACAGCAGCAACAGCAGCAAGCACCAUCUCUGACCCAGCAGCAGCAGCAAGCUCAGCCUCCACAGCAGCAGGCUCCACCUCAAAACCAGCAGCAGUCUCAGACCCUUGUGGUGCAGCCAAUGCUGCAGUCCCAGCCACAGCCUGUGCAGCUCCAGCAGGAUAGUCCUUGCCAGCCAGCCACCAAGUCACCUGUUCCUAUCCAGUCAAAGUCUCUGAUCACCCCCAUCAAAGCACCUCAGCUUGGGCCUGCCAAGAUGUCAGCAGCACAGCAACCCCCUCCGCACAUCCCUGUGCAAGUAGUAGGUACUCGGCAGCAGGGUUCCACCCAGGCCCAAGCGCUGGGCCUGGCCCAGAUUGCUGCAGCAGUGCCGACAUCACGGGGAGUGCCAGCUGUGGUUCAGCCUGUGUCCCAAGCCCAUGCUGCUUCCCCAUCUUCAUCUUCAGCUCCAGCAUCCUCACAGGAAGCUCCUCCUCUCACCACAGGGGUGAAUUUGGCACAAGUUCAAGGCACAGCCCACAUGGUGAAGAGCCCAUCCUCCUCUCCAGUUGUGGCUCAGAUGCCAGCAGCAUUCUACAUGCAGUCUGUCCAGUUGCCAGGCAAGUCACAGACCUUAGCGGUAAAGCGCAAGGCUGAGUCCGAGGAAGAGAAGGAGGAGUUGCCCAAUGUCACUGCACUCCUACCUGCCAGAUCCUCUCCUGUGAUAGACAGCCCCAAAAACGUGGAGGAGAAGAGUGGCCUUGGAGAAAAAUCUGAUCCUGCUGCCAUUGCAACUCCAAAUGCCACCUCAAGUGAAGGAACUUCAAUCACCUCGACUUCUGCUCCCACCCCAAACCUGGCAAUGGUGUCACGUCAGAUGGGAGACUCCAAACCCCCACAAGCCAUUGUCAAGCCCCAGAUCCUCACACACAUCAUUGAGGGAUUUGUCAUCCAGGAAGGAGCAGAGCCCUUUCCGGUGGGUUGUUCUCAGCUGCUGAAAGAAUCUGAGAAGCCACUGCAGGGAGACACUCCUUCUGGCCAGAGUGAAAACCUGUCCAGCAAUUCUCCAGGAGGGGACAAUGCUUCUGUGGAGCUUGAUAAGAAGGCAAGCUUGCUGAAGUGUGAAUACUGUGGGAAAUACGCUCCAGCAACCCAGUUUCGUGGCUCCAAGAGGUUUUGUUCCAUGACCUGUGCUAAAAGGUACAAUGUCAGCUGCAGCCACCAGUUUCGGCUGCAGAGGAAGAAGAUGAAGGAGCUCCAGGAAGCCAACUACGCCCGCGUGCGUCGGCGGGGCCCGCGGCGCAGCAGCUCGGACAUUGCUCGGACAAAGAUCCAGGGCAAGCGCCACAGGGGCCAGGAAGACUCAAGUCGAGGCUCUGAUAACUCCAGCUAUGAUGAAGCUUUGUCACCUACAUCUCCAGGACCCCUGUCAGUAAGGGCUGGUCAUGGAGAGAGGGACCUGGCAAACUCCAGUAUGGCCCCACCUACCCCAGACCUCCAUGGAAUCAACCCAGUCUUCCUGUCCAGCAAUCCUAGUCGUUGGAGUGUGGAGGAAGUGUACGAGUUCAUUGCAUCACUGCAAGGGUGCCAGGAGAUUGCCGAGGAGUUUCGAUCACAGGAAAUUGAUGGCCAAGCCCUGCUGCUUCUAAAGGAGGAACACCUUAUGAGUGCCAUGAACAUCAAGUUGGGACCAGCUCUCAAGAUCUGUGCCAAGAUCAAUGUUCUCAAGGAGACCUAACAGCUCUGAAGCCAGAGGUUUCACUUUUGCUCUGACCCCAGGGCAGCUGCUAGCUUUGAAGCACCCUGCUGGGGGGGGAAGAAUGGGACAGAUCCCUGUGGUCUUGCUUUCAAGAAUGAGAAGGAAUGUAACUGAAACUGCCAUACACAA